AUGGACCCUCCAACGCCCACCCUUCCGAUUUGCCACAACUGCAACGACUGGCUUGUCACCUCAGCAUAUUUUGUGGUUUUCCGUUUGCAGACACUCUUCAGACAGCUUAAGAUGUAUCCAUGGCAAAUUCACACCUGGACUCAGGCCAUGUCAUGGCGCUUGACGUUGGCGCUUCUUCACUUCAUCAAGCUGGAUGCAGUUCGAACCCUCCGCGAGGAGUCCAACGCUGUGACUGAUUUCGGUGAAUUCCCUUUCCUUUGUAGCUCCGACAUUGUGCAGCAGACCUGCGAGUUACUGAAUGAAAAUGCAAGUACCGUUGUCAGCCGGGCAACCGUUGCGGCAGUCCUGUCCAGAACAGACGAUGAGAUGAACAAGUUUUGGACCGCGCUUUCGUUACCUGACAGCGUUGGUUGCGCAGACCUAUGUACUUCUGUCAUCCGUUACAUCAAGGCAAAUCACGUGCUUCCUCCUCGCAGUGAUUUGGCAUGCUACACGGUGGGUAGAAGGUCGUUCUGUGAUGCGGACCUCAGGGCAAAAUCCCUGGUAUCUCAAGGGAAUGCCGAGGAGGAUGAUCUGCCUGACUUUCACGACUCGCAGGUGGCGCGCAGCACUGGCAAUGCCUCUCAAAAAGUUGUGCCCCCCUCGCCUUCCAAAGUGUGGAGCUUGCUCGAGCGAGUUGCUAAUUUGUUCCGGAUCUAUCCUGCACAUGCCGCGGAGGACAACCUUGAGAACUUGGAGAGCAUGCCAGAGGACGGCGCGGUCAGCGAAUUCGAUGUUGUGAGGAUGGCCAGAAAGAGCGAAAAGAUUGCACUGGCCUUUGUGAACUAUGCGGUUCGAGAGUUCAAUUAUGUCCUCACAGGUCCACAGCUGCUGCGGUGGUUUGGAGUCAACGACACUGAGACCAGAAGGACGAUCUUAGCUACGCUGAACUCAGUUGCCGACGUGUUGGCCAAUGCCUGGUACGUAUACCCUGGCAGCAUGUGCAAUGAGGAACGCUUUGCCUAUGCCUUGGGGCGUGGAGCUGAUUGCUCUCACGCUGACCUGCAGUCGGACGCCUCCCGCUGUGCCACCUUUGAAGGCCACUAUGUGAUAUUCCUUUGUAAUAGUUUCUUCAAGCACCCUGAUGAGCAGCUGCUCACCUUGAUUCACGAAGCCUCCCACCAAGCGGUAGCCUACACCGAUGAUAUUUGCGCUGACGCAGAUUUGCCCCGAGAUGAGAGUACCUGCGAACGAAAGGCAUAUGGCAGAACAACAUGUGAAUAUUUGGCCAGUAACAUGCCGGAUAGAGCAUUGGUGAAUGCAGACAAUUACUGCUACUACGUUCAGGACGUGGUGCGAGAAUGUCUACCAUCGCCUCCGCUCCCGGUGUCAAGCCGGCACAUCCCCGUGUCCUCUGCAGGGCUUACUUGCCCAGGCAACGCCACCAAAAUGGGUCGGCACUGCCGGUGCCCCCCAAACCACCACUGCCAGCAGGAUGGCGAAGAUGGAUGCGACUUCGGGUUGCAGAGCAGCCAAACCGAGUUCUUGCCAAGCUGCAAGAGUUGCGAUUGCGUGGCGGACGAGUGGGAAGUGGUGAAGCCCAAAAAGGCCAGUAUCUACAAGGAGGACCCGCGCUGCAACGUGCCGUGCGGAUCGGAAGUCGAAGGUAAACAGCUCGCGGAGAAUCGCUGCGCCAGAUGCGAGGAAGAGACAAACGAGUGCUUGGUGAUGGAGUGUAGCCUUGGCGAUUUGUGCAAGGACUUCCGCUGCCCGCAGUUCUCAAGCUGCCACGUCAAGAGAAAGGGGGAGCCAGAGCCCUAUUGCGCUUGCCGUCCGCUGUGGCGUGAGACGCCAGAUGGCUGUGCGCCGCCCAUUGACAAAGACUACAGAUGUUGCGAAUCCGAUGGAAAGUAUGUUUGGUUUCCCAGGGAGGACCAGAAGUUCCGAUGGUUUCCUUAUCCAAAGCACGUUUGCCCAAAAGCCGCUGGGCAUGCGUGGCAUCACGCCGAGGGGUGCUCGCACCUGGUGUACGGUCUGAACUACCCGUGA